AUGCCCUGUCCAGAAAAGAGUUGCGACUACCAGCGAGAUUGCAAGUUGACAUGUACUGAGUGCGAUGCUCUGAUUGAGUUUAGUUAUGGGGAUGACUAUAUAUUCUGCGACUGUGGGCGAGCCCUCUGUAACACUUGGCGGUUCAAAUGUGACGGUGAAAGUCAUGGACGCGACUUCGACCGGCCUUCUCCAAGGCACCUGGAUAAGUACCUCAAAAGAUCAUCUCGACCUCACUAUCGCAACAUACUGGUCCUCGGUGAGACCGGUGUUGGAAAGUCGACAUUUAUUAAUGGUUUUUACAGCUUUCUCAAGUUCAGCAGCUUCGACGAGGCAAAGGCAGAGUCCAGAAGAAAGCUCGAAUACGUGAUUCCUUGUCGCUUUUCCAUCACCGUACCGAGUCGUACUGGCUCAUUGGAUUACGAAACUCAAGUCAUCCGUGUAAGCUCUCGAGAUGACGAGCGAGACGGUACUGGCGGAGAUUCUGCGACACAAAAAACAUCGGUUUAUACCAUGAGAUAUAGAAACACAACAUAUCGUCUAUUUGACACUCCUGGUAUCGGUGACACGCGAGGUCCUGAGCAGGACAAAGAGAACUUGAGAGGCAUUAUGGCCAAGCUGUGGGACUACGAGGAGCUUCAUGGUAUAUUGAUCCUGCUCAAAACCAACGAAACUUGGAUGAAUGCCACGUUUCAGUUCUGUUUUGAAGAGCUUUUAUCGACAAUUCAACGCGACGCAGUUCCCAAUAUUCUAUCGUCCUGGGGUUGUCUUCCUAUUCUCAAACGCAAGCUGGAAGAUCAUGCCAAUGUCGACUUUGUCUUGAAUGGUGAAACGUCAUACUCAUCCGAUGUGGAGAGUCUUCGUUAUCUGGCGGCCCUUUCCCGAGGAAUCGAGAGAGAUGAUGAGAGAACGUGCCAUGAGAGCUGGGACAAGUCGAGAGCCGAGGCGCUGAGGUUUCUCGAACAUAUUGACGGGCUCAAACCGCACGAUAUCGGUCAGACCAUCAGCAUGGAUGGGGUUCGCCAAGCUGUAGAGCAACUAAUGGUUCCUAUGGUUAAAGUGGCGCGGGUGAUGAAGGACAAUAUUGAACGCCUCGGCAACGACGUGAAGGAGCUCCAGGGCACGCGACUGACAGGGGAUAAGCUGCGGAAAAAAACUACAUUUACAAAGAUUCGAGUUAAGAGUCGAGAAACUGGAUAA